GCUUACUUAUUGCAACGUCUUGGGUAGUAGUUAAUGCACCAGUGAGUGCAACUUUUUUCACCAUAGUAACAUAAAAGAAUACGGAGUACAUUUAUAUAUAAAAUAAUAUAAGCAAAGGCAAAUACUGACUCAUCUCAAAACUUCAAGCAAAACUCAAGUCUUGGAGUGCGAUAAUAUCCACUCCUAUUGCCGGCGCCAAAAUAAGCAAAGACAUAUACCGAACCUCCCUUUAUUCUCUUUUCAAAAAUUCACACCAAGCCUUUUCAAAUUGUGGCAUGGAUAAUAGUUUCCUACACAAUCUCCAAAAAAGAUCAUAAUCAAUGGAUAUAUUUAUAUAUUUUAUUUUUUUAGAUUCAUCCAUCCAUCAUAUGUGUUUCUUUUCACAUUUAGAAAUAAUUACAUAACAAUCUUACACUGAGCCACUGAGACUCACUUGAACAAUAACAAUGGAAAGACACUGAGUGUUGAGGCAAGGCAAAUCCAAUGCUCUGGUUGAACCAAAUGUGUGUAUUGAACCAAUAUACUCAAAUAAAUGUGUAAAAUAAUUGAUUGGUUCAACAUUGAAAAUACACUGUUUAGUUAAAAGAAUCUUGAAACACACAGAAGAUUGGGUAUAUAAACACUCUUAACAUAACACUUUUUUAAACAAUAACAAUGGAAAGACACUGAGCAUUAAACAAAUAUAAUGCCAGUAUUCUGAUUGAACCAACUGAGUUUAUUGAACCAAUGUAUUAAGGCAUCUAUGCAAAACUAUGUACGGAGUAAUAUACUAACAUAUAGGUGAAUAUGUUGCAACACUACGAAGUUCUGAUUCAGAAUUCUGUUAUGGUAUGUUUGGAAACAUGGAUUUGGAUUUCAAAUCCGGAUUUAGCUCAAAUUCCAUGUUUGGAAAACUUAAAAAUUUUGAAUCUGGAUUUGAGUCAAAUUCUUCUCUUCAUAAUAAAGCUUAAUUUAAAAUUCAUGCACCUCCUUAGGUUAGUUCCAUACCAUUUUGCAGAAAUGAUUGUUGUGAUUUAUAUAUUCAUUGUGUUGGAUUGUAAUUUUAUGGUUGAAUGUCUAUGACUGUUUUAGCAUGCUUGAUAUAAUUUGUUUUUGUUUUAUAUGUUUUCUUACUGCAAGUAGAUUGAUUUUUUAGGACUUACUUUCUUUUAAGCAUCAUUAUUCCUUGAAUAUUCUUAUUGCUGCUGGACCUCAUUUGUUCAGUUAUUAGUCCUGUGUUCUGACUAAACCAUCUGUGUUUAUUGAACCAACUGACUCAAAUUACUGUGCAGAAUAGUGAAUUGCUUCAUGAAUGGAAAGACACUGAUCUGUUAAAAGAAAAUUGGAACAAACAGAACAUUGGAAACACUUUAUUAAACAAUAACAAUGGAAAGACAACUGAUUGAACCAACCGUGUUAAUUUACUAAACCAACUCAUUGACACAAUUGUGCAAAAUUCUUGAUUGGUUCAAGAUUAGAAAUUCACUGUUUGGCUAAAAGAAACUUGAAGCACGCACACCAUUGAUUCAUCAAACACAAAGAACACUCGCCAAUAAAUACUCAGAAAUAUUGAUUUAGAAGAACUUUGAAACACGGGUUAUAUAAUCAUUGGUUCAAUAAAUAAAAGAAACACGCAUGUAAUGAUCUACUUACGUGUUGGUCCAUGAGUACCGUCUCAAUUGAAUCCAUCCCCUUGUCAUCAUUGUACGUCGGCAAGGUAUUCAGUUGAAUCACCCGAAACAAAACUCUUCAACAUUCACUCGUCAGAGUGAUCUUCAACAAAGGGUAAAUGAUUUUGGAAGACAUAUCAAUUAAGCAAGGAAAUUAGAUCGCUGAAGUUUAUAAUUUGAUUUAUAAAAACGCAACGGGAAGGUUGACCUAUCUAGAUGGGUCUCCAGGUGGAAAUAGAAACGGAAAGUGUUUUUUCACCAAAAACAAUACAGAGUAAUUAGGACUUUUUUUCACUCUGAGUCCGCUUGGGCAAUUCUACAGAGUGGAGAUGAGUAUUUACUGCUACAUAAUGUCAACUAUUCUAAGAACAUACGUAGUAUAUGAAGUAUAUGAUUUCAAACCAAAUUCAACAGAAAAUAUAUGGUGGAUUGCGUAUGUGAACUUUUCAAUAAAAAUUGUUCUUCUCUUUACCACUAUACUCACAUCAAAUACAAAAUUCCAAAAAAAAAUUAUCGGAUUGCAUGUUUGAAACUAAUAAUUAGUGGAACCCCAAAUUAUAAUUUGAGCAUCACAAUUGAAUUGCAAAAACCUGGAGCAGCUCCGUCUAACCUUAGUCAUUUCAUUCAUCCGCCUUCGUUCAAAGCUACACUGGCGGACAAACUGUUGGCGCUGAUCCAGAUCCGAGGUUCUUCAAUUCGAACCUAGAGCUAAACGUAAUCUCAAGACCGGAUUUAUCUCUACUGUACAGAAAUACAAAAAAAAUCAAAACAAACCUAAUUUGUAGACUUUCCUUCGCGAAGAUGGAAGUUUCUACUUUUGCACUUCUUAAAUCCUUGAGUAAAUAUGAGAAAACACAGAUUUCAUGCGAUGUAGCAGGAAAGGCGAGAUCUUCCUAGUCUGAGAAAUUUCUUUCUUCCGGUUGGAUGGCACGGCAGCUGAAGCCCU